AUGAAAUCAUCUCCAACUAUUAUAUUGGCUGUACUUGCAGCAACUCUACUUGGUAUAUCUUCAGCAUAGAACUAAACUAGUAUUCAUGUUGCUGAUUUCACCAGUACUUAGAAUUUCACAAUGGUUGUAUUUGCUUAACCAGGAGACAAACUAUUUGUUAAGUUACCUUUCAAACCAAUCACUAGGUCUAACAAUAGUACAUGGUUAUGCGCAGAGAACUUAACCUCCAACGACAUUGUUAAUUUAACUGGAGAGUUCAUUCAAACACCUGAUGGAUAUUUCUAUCCAUCAGACCCUUGGACUGAAACUAAGAUCUACAAGUUCAUCAUCGAAGACUAAGGCAGGAAAACCCUUAAAUUUGUUUAUAGCGAUUCUGCAUAAUACUUCAGAGAUACUUAUGGAUACUAUCACUGGGAUGAGUUUUUCUACCAAGGCAAUUUCCCCUAUUUAAAGGCCUCAGUUCAUGUAUACUCUAGUAACACAACUGCAGUAUAUGAAUGA